ACAGUUACAGAGAAAUUACAAACAUACAAUGGCGACCGUAGCUGCUGUAACUGCCAACGAAUCCCCAAAGAAGAACAGAAUCCAGGUUUCCAACACUAAGAAACCUCUUUUCUUUUACGUCAAUCUCGCCAAGAGGUAUAUACAACAGCACAAUGAGGUUGAGCUUUCUGCUCUUGGAAUGGCAAUAGCUACCGUGGUCACGAUUGCCGAGAUUUUGAAGAACAAUGGACUUGCCACUGAGAAGAAAGUAUUGACAUCUACAGUUGGCAUGAAAGAUGAGAACAAAGGCCGUCUGGUACAGAAGGCAAAAAUUGAAAUUGUGCUGGGGAAAUCUGAGAAGUUUGAUAAUCUGAUGGCUCCUGCUAACACAACUGAUGCAUCAAAAGCAGCUGCUGAUGACAAUAAGUGACAAAUAUAUGACAGUUCGGUCAAUGUGAAACUGUUAUAGUUGACAUUCCGAGGCUUUUGUACUGUUUGCAUUCAUAGUCGUAAAUAGGGGAGUAGAUAAGGGUCGUAAAAUUACAAUGAUAAGGCAGCAAUGAGUGGUCAAAGUUGUAGAGCUCUUAUUUCCAUCAUCAAUUCAAAUUGUAUUUUCUUCACUGCACAUAUAUGAUGAUGAGUACAUCUCUGAUGACUUUCAUCCAACCUGCUUUGAUUCUGAGGUGGUGUCCUGUGCCACUACAGAGAUUUUCAGGUUAUAUGCGGUUUUUCCCAUUACUUUAGAUA